AUGAACGGCUGUUGCUGUGGGAUAGGCUCGGAAGACUCUGUUUCGUCAAUAUUCUUCAAGAAAUUCACCAAAUGUGUCUCCAGCUCCUGGUAUUUCUUCUUGGACUUGAGUGUCUGUAAUGUAUCGUACAUCUUAGCAGUCAAAGUGCUUGACUGUCUGGAACGGGUCUGUAAAGAGUUGCUUUCCUUUGCGCUGGACUUGAAUUCGCUUUUGUUCACCAAGGUAGGGAACCCAGCGAACUUUGAUGCCGGUUUUUCGGCUUUCUUGAUGCCUCUUCCCAGAACGUUGGUCAGUUUUCCAAGUCCCACGUCGACCGAAAGAUGUUGUAAUGACGUGAAGUUGUCCUUUGGACUUUUAAGCAGCACCAACGCAAAAGUGUCUCUGGUUCUCAAACUGUUACCUUUGACCUUGACACAGCUUUGA